GCGCGGGCUUCGCCUGUCAGGGAAGGUGGCGCGAUGGCGGCGCUUUAUGCUUGUACGAAGUGCCACCAGCGCUUCCCGUUCGAGGCUCUCAGCCAAGGCCAGCAGCUCUGCAAGGAGUGUCGAAUUGCCCAUCCUAUGGUAAAAUGUACUUACUGUAGAACUGAAUUCCAGCAGGAAAGCAAAACCAACACAAUAUGCAAGAAAUGUGCUCAGAAUGUGAAACUUUAUGGGACGCCAAAACCUUGCCAGUAUUGCAACAUAAUUGCUGCAUUUAUCGGUAACAAGUGCCAGCGUUGUACGAACUCUGAGAAGAAAUACGGACCCCCACAUUCCUGUGAACAGUGCAAACAACAGUGUGCCUUUGACAGGAAAGAUGACAGGAAAAAAGUGGAUGGGAAGCUUCUCUGUUGGCUUUGCACGCUGUCCUAUAAACGAGUGUUACAGAAAACCAAAGAGCAACGUAAACAUCUGAGCAGCUCUUCCCGAGCAAGCUUGCAAGAGAAGGAACAGUAUGGUAGACUCAGCAGCAGUGGCCACUAUAACAGUCAGAAAACAUUGUCUACAUCAUCAAUUCAGAAUGAAAUCCCAAAGAAGAAGCCUAUGUUUGAUGCCAUAUCAGCCAACGGGGACAGCGUUCCUUCCUCUCCCGAGAUGCUUUGCCCCCCUAUCCAGAGUGCCCCGUCCGUGUUGGCGCAGUGGGCCGCUUCCCAACAGAGUCUCGUUGCCCAUGAUUGUCCUGUUUCUCGAGGCACUGACAUCGCGAAUUUUUCUCCAGACCUCGCGUUGGAUUCUCCUGGCACAGACCAUUUUGUGAUCAUAGCCCAGCUGAAGGAAGAAGUAGCCAGCCUAAAGAAGAUGCUACACCAAAAGGACCAAAUGAUCCUGGAGAAAGAGAAGAAGAUAACUGAGCUGAAGGCUGAUCUGCAGUAUCAGGAAUCCCAGAUGCGGGUUAAAAUGAACCAAAUGGAAAAGACUCACAAGGAAGUCACAGAACAAUUGCAGGCCAAGAACAGGGAGCUCCUGAAGCAAGCCGCUGCUUUAUCGAAGGGCAAGAAGCCCGAGAAGCCAGGAAUGAUCACCUCCCCCUAAACACAAUGCCGAAAUUCAUCCCACCACAAAGGAGCCUUUGAGCUAAGAUCCUGACCAGCUCUAUUGGAACCUUUCCUGAUCCAAACUUUGAUUGCCAUUGUAACAGACAUAACCUGCUGUGCGCGGAGACUCAAUCGCAUGCUUGAAUGCUGGGUUUUUGAUAACGCAGUUCUCUUGUUGCUGUCCAGCAACAGGGGAUGCUUCCCAUUAUUGCCACCCCUCCUGGCUCCUAACCCCAAGACACUCUCAACAUGGACAUAUUUCAGAAAUGGUUUGAUGAUUGCUGCCAUACAGGAAACAGGGAUUGUUUUGGGAACAGGAGAUUUCUGUUGCGCGCUCUCGCUCUCUCUUUGUUCUGAGCAUAUGUACGCAAGGGCCGUCAAGACACAACUGACUUAUGGCAACCCCAGCGAGGGCUUUCAAGCCAAGUGAGAAGCAGAAGUGGUUUGAAAUCCAAGUGCCAGCCUUGCUUAGCUUCCAAGAUCUGACAAGAUUGGGUUAUACCACACUGCGUUCCCUUCCGAUAUAUCCAAGGCAUACAGAACUGAAAGCCCUUUUUAAUGUUUUCCUUGCGUUAAAAAAUUUUUAAAAAAAUCUUGACUCUCCUUAUGCAUGAAGCAUCAGGCCAGAAUGCAAGAGCAUUUCUAAAAUGCUUUGGGGUUCUGUGGUGCGUGGGAGGGUUGCAUUAAACCAAACAAUAUUGUCGUCUGGAUUGCUAGAGAGUUAGCAUCUCUGUUAACAGCUUACUGGGAAGUUCAUUUGUAUGCAAGAGGCUUUUAUUUGUUUUAUUGUGCUAAUUUACAUGGCUUUUUGUUUUCAAAGAAUAGUGGUGGGCUUGGGGGGUUUUAUCAUCAAGACUUCGCUUCUUUCUGUGGUUUGUUACUCUCUUGUGGGGAGGAAAGGUUGAAGGAGGUGGAUUUUUUGUUAACAUCUAAUGUAAGGCCAGACCUAUCCUGAGGAAUGCGGGCUUUAUCCUGACAUUAAUGACACACAAUUAUUUGUGUGUGUGUGUUGUUAAGUCAUAUCUGACUUACAGUGACUUCUGGUGCGGUUUUCAAGGCAAGAGAUGUGCGAGGUGGUUUGCCAUAGCCUGCCUCCACGUCACGAUCCUGGUAUUCCUUGGACGUCUCCUAUCCAAAUACUUGGCAGGACCAACCCUGCUUAGCUUCUGAGACCAGACUAGGCUGAGGCUAUCCAGAUCAGGGCAUGCACAACUAUGCAUGUGUUUUUUUGUUGUGGGGAGGAGUAUGCCCAUACUGUUUUGAAUUGCAGUGGUGCAAGAGUACAGGAACUAAUACAAAGGGAGGACAAGUGUUCUCCAAAAUUAUAUUGGCUCCUUGAGGGUCGGGGGAGCAUUGAGAGCUCCAGGGAGACUAACCAUGUAGCCCUCUCCUAAUUGAGUGGAGAAGGCAAAUGAAUUUGGCCCCUGUUUUAUUCAGGCACCCAAAGACAUCUCUCGGGAAACCGAUUGUACAGCAUAAGCUGUGGCGCCAAGGAGGGAGAAAGCUAAGUGGCUCUCAUGUGCAGGGCCUCGGCCUGAAGAGGUGGUUCAGAGCCAGAGACCUGACCUUGUGAAUGCAUGCUAUCCAGCCAUUUGAGCUGAGAAAUUAAUCUUUUUAAAAUUAUAAGAUACAGGACAGCUGCUCUGCUGGAGCUUUUUACGGAUAUUUUAAAGCAUAUAUAUAUAUAUAUAUAUAUAAAGGAUGGUUUUCUGAAGAACUAUGAUCCUUGAAUGUGGAUGGAGGGGAUGACACGAAAAUGGGUUAUUUAUAUUUUGUUGGGGCUGUUUUUUUGCUUUGAAAAAGAAGUCUCAGCUUGUUUUAAAAAUUAUCACCCUGGAAACCUAUAACAGCGGAGACCUAAUUUUUAUACGUAAACUUUCUUAGAGGAGGAACCCUGAUUGGUAGGAUUUUUUUAAAAAAACCCAAUAUUAAGCAACAUUAAUUUUAGAUUCUCUGGUCUAUGGAAAUGAAGAGAAAGAUGGGACUUUCUGUAAAUAAUAUCUUUUUUCUCAAUUGUGGUCAGACUCGAUCAUGCAUUUUAAGUGGGUGAUUUAUAGUAAUGCUGUUUCUUUUUCUUGUUUGUAAUGAUGACUUUAAAAGAAUGCUUGGAUUUGUAUAAAAAUGUAAAUAUUGCGGGAGAGGGGAAGAUCUGGGAAGGGGAAAUCUUCAGUGGUUUCAUGUUUUGCUGUUUUGUCUAUAAUCCUUUCUCGGUCAAGUCAGCCAAACUUUUCCUGGUCUUGGACCUGAUCCAGCAUAGACCACGGGCAUUGAAGCAUUAAAGUGUAAGGAACUGCUGGUGCUAUUGUGGAAUUUGCUGUACUUAGAGGAUUAAACUGUAUUUUCUGUAA